AUGUAUGUUAAGAUGAUGUUUGGCGGAGAAAUGGUAACAGUGCUGACAGCCUAUGCACCCCAAGCGGGAUGUUUGGAGGACGAGAAGGAAAAAUUUUGGAGAGAUUUGGAUGGAGUAAUGGUCGGAAUACCAGAGAAUGAAAGACAGAUAGUUGGAGGGGAUCUAAAUGGUCAUGUUGGCGGAAGGAAAGGUGGGGAAGAGAGGUGGCAUGGAGGAUGGGGGUAUGGCGAUAGAAAUGAGAAAGGAAAAAAGAUAAUGGAGUUUGCAAUGGCUUUUGAUCUAGUGAUUACCAAUGCCUACUUCCAAAGAAAAAGAGAAAAACUAAUAACAUACAGGAGUGACGAAAAUAAAAGCCAAAUUGAUUACAUAUUAUGUAGAAGGAAAAAUGGUGGGGAGGUGCGAAAUACUAAGGUCAUAUACGGUGAAGGAAUAGCAACACAACAUAACUAG